CGAAGGUUCUUUUCCCACUAUAUACGCGAGGGAGUGUUCAGUGAGUCUGUGAGAAGGUUUUGAGAAUGGUUUGGCUCUUGUCUGGAGGGACUAAGAACAAGAACAUGGACUUUUCAACUAUCAUAACUUUUCUACUCUUGUUAAUGCCUGCACUCUCUUCAUCCCAAAAUAUUGGAAACAUCCCUCGAACUAAUCGUAAGAUCUUGCCCAAACAAGAAGACAUAACCUCUUAUGCUGUCAUCUUUGAUGCUGGUAGCACUGGGAGUCGUGUUCAUGUCUACCAUUUUGACCAGAACUUAGAACUCCUUCACAUUGGCAACGAUCUCGAGUUUUACAAAAAGGUUACACCAGGUUUAAGUUCAUAUGCUAGUGAUCCUGAAGAAGCCGCAGAAUCUCUGGUUCCACUUUUAGAGGCAGCUGAAAAUGUUGUCCCUGUGGAGCUGCACCCCAAGACACCCCUUAAACUUGGGGCAACAGCAGGUUUAAGGCUUUUAGAUGGGGAUGCUUCCGAAAAAAUAUUGCAAGCGGUUACGGAUCUGUUCAAGAACCGAAGUACACUAAACGUUCAAUCUGAUGCGGUAGCCAUUAUUGAUGGCACCCAAGAAGGUUCUUAUCUAUGGUUGACAAUUAACUAUCUAUUGGGGAAGUUGGGAAAAAAGUUUACCAAGACAGUGGGAGUAGUUGAUCUUGGAGGUGGAUCAGUUCAAAUGGCAUAUGCGGUUUCAAGGAACACAGCGAAAAAUGCCCCAAAAGUACCUGAUGGGGAGGAGCCAUACAUAAAGAAACUAGUAGUCAAGGGAAAGAAAUACGAUCUCUAUGUUCACAGUUACUUGCACUAUGGUAAAGAAGCAGCUCGUGCUGAGAUUUUGAAGGUCACUGAUGGUUAUGCUAACCCUUGCGUUUUAGAUGGCUAUUAUGGGACCUACACAUAUUCAGGAGCGGAGUAUGCAUUGUUCCCUCCGAUUUCUGGAUCUAGCUAUGAAAAAUGCAGAGAGAUAGUUUUGGAAGCUCUGAAAGUGAACGAGCCAUGUUCUCAUCCAAAUUGCACAUUUGGUGGGAUAUGGGAUGGUGGAAGAGGAAGUGGACAGAGAACUCUCUAUGCUACUUCAUCUUUCUUUUACCUAGCCCAAGAUGUUGGUAUCAUUGAUGCAAACGCACCCAGUGGCAUAGUUCGUCCAGCAGAUUUUGAAAGUGUGGCUAAGCGAGCUUGUCGAUUAGCAUUUGAAGAUGUCAAAUCCGUUUAUCCACUUCUUACUCAGGACAAACUUCCAUAUGUGUGCAUCGAUAGUGCAUAUCAAUAUGCGUUGCUUGUUGAUGGAUUUGGCCUAGAUCCUUUGCAAGAGAUUACAGUGGCACUUGAAAUUGAAUAUCAGGAUGCUGUUGUGGAAGCAGCAUGGCCUCUUGGCACUGCCAUAGAAGCCAUAUCUUCUUUGCCUAAAUUUGAACGGUUGAUGUAUUUUAUUUAAGCUUCCUGCACAGAGAAGCUAAACUAUUUUAGUGCUAAAUGACUACUUUAGUCGAAAUAAAUAAAACCUUAUUUUCACUUUCA